CCUCUACUACCAGCAAGCUCUUCUUCUCCUCCGCCGACAACUCACACGAGCCCCGCCGUUUCCAGUUCGAGUCGUCCCGGACGAUUCAGUCCUCCACCGACAACCGCGCCACUGCGACGCUCGAGACGGAGACGGCGUACGACCGCGAUGCGCGCGCCAUCCGCGAGCGGCAGCUCAAGCAGGCUGAGGAGUCCCUCAAGAAGAACCCCUCUGCGUCCUCCUCCUCCGGGGAGCUCUACAAGGGGAUCCACGGCUACACAGAUCACAAGGCCGGCUUCCGGCGGGAGCACACGGUCUCCGGAGAGAAGGCUGGCGGCGCGCACGGCCCCCUGCGGGCGUCAGCGCACAUACGCCUCUCGACGCGGUUUGACUACCAACCAGACAUCUGCAAGGAUUAUAAGGAGACCGGCUAUUGUGGCUACGGCGAUUCCUGCAAGUUCAUGCACGACAGAGGUGACUACAAGUCUGGGUGGCAGCUCGAGAGGGAGUGGGAUGAGGCCGAGAAAGCCCGCAAACGCCGCAUAGCAAUGCGUGAGUUGGAUGGUAGUGAUGCCGAGGCAGAGGAGGAGGACAGCGACGACGAUGAGGCACUGCCCUUUGCCUGCUUCAUAUGCAGGGAGCCCUUUGUUGACCCGGUGGUCACAAAGUGCAAGCAUUAUUUCUGCGAGCAUUGCGCAUUAAAGCAUCACUCGAAGAACAAGAAGUGCUUCGUCUGCAAUAAACCGACGCUUGGCAUCUUCAAUGCGGCACAGGAGAUCCGGAAGAAGAUUGCCCAGGACAAGAAGCAGCAGGACCUUUGAUGACUGUUGCGCAAUGUAGCUUGUAUCAUGCAGGAUUACUUCUCUUCUGUAAUUGUAUUGUUUGAAAAUGAGGGGGAAAUAUCCAGGAAUCAGUUUUGUUUCUUUAGCUCUGUACUAGCUCCUACUUACCAUUAGCCACCAAAAUCUCAGCUUCUUGUGGCAUUGCAGAAGCUUGUGUCAUCAUGUCGAACUGGUUCUGAAUGGAUGUGAAGUGUCAUGCACAUUUACGGCUGCUUAAAAAAAUGGAUCUUUGCCGAGGUA